GGCCGUUUUGUAGUGUUACUAUUGCACCUGUCUGGCAGUGGAAAUUAUUAUUAAAGUGUCAGAUUCACACCUGUCUCAGGAAGGGGCGGCUCCAUAGUUAUAUUCAUACAAGUCAGCCAGGGGAGGGGAUUUCCAAUUUGAUUCACACCUGUGGUACAGUGGGAGUUUUCCUCCUUAGAAACGGAUUGCUGCCUCUCUUUAUGUUAAAAGAUAAGGUAUACGUACUAACCCCACAGCUCUGCAUCUAAAGUUGUUUUUCAACAGCCAAACUCUACCAACCACUUGCCUUAUUUGGAGGAGAAAAUUUGAGCUUGCGUUGGCAGACAAGGCUAGCUACCGUCAUUAAGUAAAGAAAAGCUGUUGGUGAACUGAUCUUUAAGCCAAAGUCUUGUCAUUUUGUGAUGGAUCGCUACCGUUACUUUAUUUUUAACCAGAGGAGCAUGGUGAUGCUGGGCAUUAUACAGAUUGCAUGUGCUGGAGUGACCAUUGUUUGUGGUUUUAUGGAUGGGGCCUUUAGAAAGGAAUCUACACUGGGCAACACCAGAGCACCACUCUGGGCAGGAGUGAUCAUGACUGUCCCAGGAGUUUUGGCUUUAUUUUCUUCUCAGAAGAAAAACCCAGUAUUGGUGAACACACUUAUUGCUGCAUCGGUAUUUUCGUGUUUUACCACACUGAUCAUUGUUGUAUAUGCUUGCCUGACGCUGGCAUAUGGGGAGGAGGAUGAUGAUGUGUUUGCUCACACACCUGUCCAUAUUAUUCACACAAAAUUCAUACUUGGCAGACUCGUGCAAGGAGCAAAUAUAGCAAUGCUUAUCUCUUCCUUUGUCAGCCUUUUUGUGGUCCUGUGUAUUUCAUACAUGGGUUGCAGAAGUUUGCCACAUUGUAUGUGCUAUGACAACAUCACUGGAAUGGAGUGGUUACAUCCUACACAUGAGCAGCCUCAGACUGUUGAACUGGUGUGCACUUUUAGAGGUGGUGAUGAAAGGAUUUUCAAUUCUCCUGUACCAUUCACAGAGAGCGCUGCAGAAACAGAAGAGGAGUUUUCACGACCUCCCCCUUACAUUAGAUUUUCAUAAACGACACAAACUUUCUGAAUGUUGACUAUGAAUUCAUUGCCAUUUACUUUUUUUUUUUUUUCACUUGUCCUCUUAAAUUAUUUGUUAUGCUUUUUUAAACUGAUUUUUAUGAAGGCGUUUGUUAAGUUUUUUUUACUGAGUCCUAUUUAUAAACACAGCAGAUAAAUCUGCACAAAUGAAUAAAGCUAAACUGUUAUGAGCAGUGUGAGAAAUUAAAAUGUAUAAAGCCUUCUUAAAGGACCAUUAUACUAAUUUGUUCAUUACAUUUUAACACUAGCAACCUUUGCAAAUGGGUUAAACACAGUUUAAAGGGACAUAAACCCAAAAUAUUUUUAAAGAUUCGGAUAGAACUUCUAAUUUUAAACAACUUUCCAAUGUAAAAUUAGUUUUUCUUGUUACCUUCCUGUUUUUCAAUAAAGGAUAAGUUCAGGAGAGUGCGCGUCUCUGCCAGACUUUAUGGCAGCAGUUUUGCACCUGUGCUAUACACUAGCAAGAGCACUAGAUGGCAGCACUGUUUCCCGGUCAUUUAGGGCUCCAGACUUGUGCACACAAUCUCUUAAACAUGAGAAUAAAACAAAUUUAAUAAUAGUACAUUGGAAACCUUUUUUUAAAAUUGUAUUCUCUAUCUGAACGGUGGGAAAAAAAUUGGGGUUUAAAGUACCAAUCAGGAGCUGCAGAAACGGCUUCUGACCCACUCCACAGCAGCAGUUACACUGCUAGAUCAUGAGACUGCUGCUGACCCAAUCAAUAGUGGUAGUUUCCACUCUGGACCAGCAGUUCUCUGCAGCUCCCAAGUGGUACUUAAACACAGCAUUGCAGGAUAACUAGUAUUAAAGUUACAAAAUGAGCUUGCAACCCCUCCCCCAUAUAAUGGACCUUUUAAUAGCCACAGAGAACGUUAGCUCAAUGUACUAUUUUGGAGCACAAGUUUUCAAUUGUAGGUUUACUAAUGUAAUUAUUGUUGCAAACUUUCUGACUGCACCAAAAUAGUCAUUUAUUAUAAGAAUGUCAUCUAAUACUAAGGUAGUGCAUGGUUUUUAACAUCAAUUAAUAUUUCACUUUUUACAAUCUAUGUACUAAAAUAUCCUUGUCUAUAGUUUUGUAUACAGGUGUUAUUUUGGGUACAGUCAACUUAAUUUAAAAAUACGAAAUUCAGAAACACUACACUAUUUGCCUCACUUUCCAAUUUAUAUCUAAUUUGCUUCAUUUUCAAUAUCCUUUGUUGAAAAGCAUAUCUAGAUAGGCUGCUGAUUGCUGGCUGGACAUAAAUUCAAAUGCUUUUCGAUCUUUAGGACUUAAAUGAGGAAUAUAUAUAAUUAUUUUAUUCCAGCACUCUGCUAAGGUUAAAAGCAAAAAUGGAAGUGUUAGUUACUGCAUCUGGCUAAAUGGGACAAGCCCAGGUACCUCGUCAAGGUCCCUUCCAAAUCCUGGGUCCCUAAAACAGCCACACAAUGCAAGCUCUGAAUCCAACAAAUAAAGAAAGUGAGGGGUGGACUAGUAUAAUCUCAAGUGUUUUGAUGUGCCAAUUUUAAUCAUGUAAUAUGCACAAUUUUUAUUUUUUUUUGUCCCUAUUAAGUGUUUUCCAAAUUACUUUUUUGUAAUCUUUAUAUAUUUUUUUUUUAAAAUGUGUAUAUAUUGGAAUUAAGUUAUUAAUAAAUACUUUUUUUGAUGUAUAUUUGUUCAGUUUUUGUGAGCAAGAGAAUAUCACAAAUCUAAGGUGCUUGCUGGUAACAACUCAGAUUAAAAAAAAGUCUACCUCCUAAGAGGCAAGCCAGACCACACGUCUACUAGACUUGUGCAGCCAAGAAAAAUGGUUUCAGAGUGAAAUUUUCAUUACUAAUAUUUUGGGAAAUUUGUUUCCCCAAAUAUUUGUUGGUUGCACUAUUCAGUACAGUAUUAGUUUAGUUUAAAAAGAAACGAAUCCCAAAUUUUAAUUAAAUUUAGUUUUUUUUUGUUAAAUCUAAAUGUUCAAAACUACAGGUGAAAAAGUUCACCUGUUACGAAUGUGUAACAAAAACAAAUUCACAUCUGACUACCAAGUGUAGUAACACUGAAGCAACCACUCUAACCAUAUAUAAAUGCUGAAUUAGGGCAAUGCUACACAUUACUCACUGGACUUCUGCUAAAGAACAAACAAAUUUUAAAAGAACAGUAGAUUUGCAGAAUCAACAGUCACGAUAAAGACAAUGCAAUAGCACUUCAAAUGUGUAGUAGUUUUUUGUUUGUUUUUUUCUUUCAGACUAAUUUCAGUUAUGUCUAUUUCCACUCCCUCUAUCCCUGUAUCAUGCGAUAGCCAUCAGCCAAUCACAAAUGCAUAUAGGUAUAUUCUGUGAAUUCUUACACAUGGUCAGUAGGAGCUGGUGACUCAAAGUGUAAAUAAAGACUGCACAUUUGGUUAAUGGAAGUAAAUUGGAAAGUUGUUUAAAAUUGCAUACUCUAGAUGAAUCAUAAAAUAUUAAUUUUGACUUGUGUCCCUUUUUAAUAAAGUGAAAUGUUGCAGUUGUCUAGAAAAUACCCCAGGCAUUGACCAGUGUAAGCCUCCCAUUCAAUGGUAGGUUGUGUUUGUUUUUGUGAUUUUUUUUUUUUUGUUUUUUUUUUGUUUUUACAAUGUUAACUCUUUUUAAAAAAAACAAACUUUUUCCUAUCCUGUUACUGGUAUAGUUUAAAGCAGAUGGAAAAAGGUGAAGGAUAAUAAUAUAAGGCUUCUCUUCAUUGUGGGGGGAUGAUUCUAUUUAUAAUUGUUCUAUAUGGCCUUUGAAUAGAAUGAAUUAUGCAUUAAAAAGAUAAAGCAGGGCAGGAAAGAAAGCUUGUGCUGACUGGUAUACUAAUUCAUAACAAGAGAAGAUAAAUUAAUAAAGUUCUAAAUGGAGUGUGAAGAA